AUGGCGCAGGCGCAGGUCGCACCUCGCAUCUCUCCCAAAACUUUCCGCGCGCCCAACGUCACGUCCAACGUCACGUCCAACGUCGCGCCCAACGGGGCCAUCGCAGCCAUGGACGACCUCGCCAAUCUCGAGUUCCUGUCGCUCGUGUCCAAGGUCACGUCGGAGAUCCAGAACCAUCUGGGCGUGUCCGACAAGACGCUCGCCGAGUUCGUCAUCGACCAGCAUGCCAGCGCAAAGGGUGUCGCCGACUUCAAGGAGCAGCUCGAGGCCAUGGGCGCCGAGUUUCCGCAGAGUCUGGUCGAGAGCAUCGACCGCCUGAUCCUGACGCUGCACCCCAAAUACAAAGCCAAGGCUGCGAAUGGAGCCAAGGCAGACGACGACGACGACGACGGCAACCGCGACCGCAAGACGCGUGUGUUCAAGGGCCUCGCUAUUGCAGACAGAGAGGUCGACUUCAGCGACACCGAUGAGCAGCCUACAAACAAUGCGCCCGAGGCAGACGCCCUGGACGACACGUUCGCCAUGCUGGAGGGCCUGGCGGGCAAGGGCGUGGGUGCCGCGAAGCCCAAGGAACGCUCGCGCAAACGCAGUAUGAGCCCCUACGACAGUGGCGGUGACGAUGACGACAGAGGCAGCAAGCGGCACAGGCGCAGGGACAGGUCGCAGUCGCGAUCGCGCAGUCGUGGGCGGCGCCAGCACGAGCGUGAGGAGCUGGUCUUCGAGGACGAGUUCGGCCGCACGCGCACCGUCAAGCGCCACGACAAGCAACGGAGCCGCAAGAAGUACAGAGACGAAGACCUCGACGAGUUCCGCCGCCCACCAACGCCCGAGCUCGACGACGAGCCUGUGCUGUUCAAGAUUUAUAACGGCAAGGUCACAGGCGUCAAGGACUUUGGCGCAUUCGUCAACCUGCAGGGCGUCAAGGGCAAGGUCGACGGGCUGGUGCACGUUUCGCAGAUACAGGAAGGUGGGCGUGUCAACCACCCGUCUGAUCUUCUGUCGAGGUGGCAGGAAGUCAAGGUCAAGGUCAUCAAGAUGGAGAACGGCAGGUUGUCUUUGUCCAUGAAAGAGGUUGAUCAACAGUCAGGACGAGAUCUUGCACCUUCGAGGCGAAUCGAGUCCUUUGGUUCAGGCGCAAACUCUCAAGCGCUGGGAGGCAUACCCGGCCUGAUGGACGGCAGCGUGCCCGUCGUUGAGGACGGCUUCAACAGUCGAAAGAAUGGCAUGCGAAAGCGCAUGACUUCACCCGAAAGAUGGGAGAUCAAACAGCUCAUCGCCUCCGGUGUCAUUCCCAAGUCAGACUACCCAGAUAUCGAUGAAGACUUCAAUGCACACAUUGCCGGCGAAGGGGGCUUUGAAGAGGAGGAAGAUGUCGAUAUCGAAGUGCGCGAAGAAGAACCGCCCUUCCUCGCUGGUCAGACCAAGCAAUCUCUCGAACUGUCGCCCAUUCGAAUCAUCAAAGCACCUGACGGCUCGCUCAACCGUGCAGCCAUGUCAGGAGACACAUUAGCGAAGGAGCGAAGAGAUCUGCGGCAACAAGAAGCUCAAGAGAAAGCCGCCAAAGAAGCCGCAAAUGUGGAUCUCAGCAGUCAGUGGAACGACCCAAUGGCUCAGCAACGCCAGUUCGCCAGCGAUCUGCGCAACACGCGAAGAGACCAGCCUACCGAAGCCAUGCCCGAGUGGAAGAAGAUCUCGACCAACAGCAAGGACGCCUCUUUUGGCAAACGCACCAACAUGAGCAUCAAGGAGCAACGAGAAUCGCUCCCCGUAUACAAAUUCAGGAAGCAGCUGCUCGAGGCCAUUGCAGCCCAUCAGAUCUUGAUUGUGGUCGGCGACACUGGAUCUGGCAAAACCACACAGAUGACCCAGUACCUAGCCGAAGCAGGAUACGGCAACGAGCUCAUCAUUGGCUGUACACAACCCCGACGUGUUGCAGCAAUGAGCGUUGCAAAGCGUGUCGCUGAGGAAGUUGGGUGCAAGCUCGGCAAUGAAGUGGGCUACACAAUUCGAUUCGAGGACAACACAUCGCCGGACACCCGUAUCAAGUACAUGACAGACGGCAUCUUGCAGCGAGAAAUCUUGCUAGAUCCAAUGUUGAACAAGUACAGCUGCAUCAUGCUCGACGAGGCUCACGAGCGUACCAUUGCUACUGACGUUCUUUUUGGACUCUUGAAGAAGACUCUCAAACGACGGCCGGACAUGAAACUCAUUGUCACUAGCGCUACACUCGAUGCCGACAAAUUUUCCGAAUACUUCUACAAGUGCCCUAUUUUCUCGAUCCCUGGACGAACCUUCCCUGUAGAAGUCAUGUACAGCCGAGAGCCGGAGUCGGACUACCUGGACGCCGCACUUGUAACAGUCAUGCAGAUCCACUUGACAGAACCCGCAGGUGAUAUAUUGCUGUUUUUAACGGGUAAAGAAGAGAUUGACUCGUCUUGCGAGGUCUUGUCAGAGCGAAUGAAGGCUCUUGGGCCGAACGUGCCUGAGCUUAUGAUUCUACCCAUCUACGGAGCUUUACCUUCAGAAGUCGCGUCACGUAUCUUCGAACCUGCGCCCAACGGCACUCGUAAGGUUGUCAUCGCGACCAACAUCGCUGAGACCAGUUUGACUAUCGAUGGUAUCUACUACGUCGUCGACCCUGGUUUCGUGAAGCAAAGUUCCUACGACGGCAAACUUGGCAUGGACCGACUGCAGAUCACACCCAUCUCGCAAGCCCAGGCCCGCCAAAGAAGUGGAAGAGCCGGAAGAACAGGUCCAGGAAAGUGUUUCCGUCUGUACACUGAGGCCGCCUUCCAGAACGAAAUGCUACCCACAACCAUCCCUGAGAUCCAGCGACAGAACUUGUCCAAUACUAUCCUCAUGCUCAAAGCCAUGGGUAUCAACGAUCUCCUCCACUUCGACUUUAUGGACCCACCUCCCACGAACACCAUGCUUACGGCACUCGAAGAACUCUACCAACUUGGCUCUCUUGAUGACGAAGGUCUUCUCACACGACUCGGCCGUCAGAUGGCCGAUUUCCCCAUGGACCCAACCCUUUCCAAGUCUCUGAUCAAGUCCGUCGACCUGCAGUGCUCAGACGAAGUUCUUACCAUCGUCGCCAUGAUCAGUGCCACACAAUCUGUCUUCCACCGCCCGCGCGAUAAACAGCAGCAAGCCGACCAAAAGAAGCAGAAAUUCAACGACCCCUCCGGCGAUCACAUCACGCUGCUCAACGUGUACAACGGCUGGAAACAAGGCGGCUUCAGUACUCCCUGGUGCCACGAAAACUUUGUCGUUCCGCGAAACAUGCAGCGCGUUAAGGACGUAAGAAACCAGUUGUUGCAGAUCAUGGCGCGCCACAAGCACUCGGUCGUGUCGUGUGGCCGCAACACAAUCAAAGUACGGCAGGCGCUCUGCAGCGGCUUCUUCAGAAACAGCGCACGCAAAGACCCCGCCGAGGGCUACAAAACACUCGUUGAAGGUACACCAGUGUAUCUCCAUCCGAGCUCCAGCCUCUUUGGCAAGCCAAGCGAGCACGUCGUAUACCACAGUUUGGUCGAGACCACCAAGGAAUACAUGCACGUUUGCAGCGCGAUCGAACCCAAGUGGCUGGUCGAGGCGGCGCCGACCUUCUUCAAGGUUGCACCGACGGACAGACUGAGUAAGAGGAAGAAGGCGGAGAGGAUCCAGCCGCUGCACAACAAGUUCCAGGGCGAAGACGACUGGAGACUGAGCGCACAGAGGAAGGCUGGCAGAGGUGGCGGAGGCACGUGGGGUUAG